GGCAAAAAGAGCUGGCAGAUGCCGCCACUGUGUCAUUUCGGCACGCACAUUUUACUCUCGUGGCUAACGCGGAGGAUUUAUGACCUGCAUCAGGACGAGACGCAAUGCGGUCUAAUAGUGAUAAAAAUUUAAAACCACGCCUGAGUAUGGGCAAAAUUACCCGAACGCGCGUUUCAAGUUGACGGAAAAAUCGGGCCCCGCAUCGAGAAGUAAUUGCACAGAAUACACUGUACACCGCUAUAAAUCUGUUUUACUCUAUUUUUGAACAUGGGCCUCCACGGGUUCAUUACUCCGGUAUUGAUCUCACAGGCACGCGGCGUGAUAGCCAGAAAUAAAAUUCCCUUCUCUUUGACGAAAUGAAGUGUGUGUGCUUUACGUUGACAUUGGAUCUUUUUCCGUAAGAUGAGAAUCAUUAGACGUUGCGGACUAUCUGUUCAUCAACACAUUUUUACAGAUCUUAUUCAACACGUUUGUACAGGAUAUACUUGCCAUUCUCGAGUGUAAUCCCAACAUGAUCCCCGAAGCGUAAGUCCCACUGCGCCUGAAGAACUCAUUCAGCAACCUGCAUUACGCGGGAAAAUUGAGUGACGCUGCAGGAGGUAGUAUUUUCGUGGUGGAAGAGGAAAUCAAGAGGUAUCAAGGGAAACGAAAACAAGAUACGUUAUGAGCUGGGUGUUUCCUCCCGCAGAUGUACACAUGCGAAACGUUUGACUGUCUGAUUGCAAGUGUUUAAAGUGCAUAUCAGAGUAACGACCAUAUCAUAAAAUAAAGAUGAACGUUCCGGAAAAUUAUCGUCGACAUCCGUGAUAAGGAAAAAGGGAAGCAAGGAAAAUUAAAAAAGGCAAUAACUAACCGAACGAAGAAAAUGGAACUAAGGAAAUACUUUUGGACAAAGCAAUUCAUCUUGUUAUCAUUUUUCGUCACAACUUUUAUCUGGAUCACAUUCAAGUACAACGGAUGCCUGCUGGGCGGCUUAUCGCGAAAAUUAACACUUCAGAGGAGCCAACAUGCGGACUCUUAUUCCGAGACGCUGUUGCUGCGGUCACCCAGCCAAGUAAAGGUUGAGGAAAUCCCGUUGGACAACAUUGCGAGCCUCGAUCCACGCACGACGAAAGUCCAGCUGGUUCCCUUAUGGUCAAACAACGAGACCCUGCUUCGAGAGUUGAUCGAUGUUUCUCCGAAGUAUCAAAUCCUCAGACAGCAGGGUCUUAGACCCGGAAGACAACUGCCCGUAGCCCUGAUAAUCGGGGUAAAGAAGGGAGGCACCAGAGCACUCCUGGAAUUCCUCAGACUCCAUCCAGACAUCAGGGCCGCCGGUUCCGAGGUCCAUUUUUUUGACCGACAUUACUCCAAGGGUUUUCAUUGGUACAGGCAUCGCAUGCCGCCGACCCUGGAAGGGCAAGUAACGAUGGAAAAAACGCCAUCGUAUUUCAUAAGGGAGGAAGUGCCUCGUCGAGUGCAGCAUAUGAAUCCAGGCACAAAGCUGAUUGUGGUGGUUCGAGAUCCGGUUACCAGGGCGAUUUCCGACUACACCCAGGUGAAAAGUAAGCGCGUGAAGAUGCCGCGGUUCGAGGAGUUGGCCUUCCUAAACGAUUCCCAAGUCGUCGAUACCUCCUGGGGACCGCUGAAGAUCGGCGUGUACGCGAAGCACCUGGAGCACUGGCUCCUCUACUUUCCACUUUCACAGCUCCUGUUCGUCAGCGGUGAACGUUUGAUCGCCGAUCCGGUAGCCGAGAUUGCGAGGGUCCAGGAUUUCCUUGGCUUGAAACGGGUAAUUUCGGAAAAACACUUCUACUUCAACUCGACGAAGGGAUUUCCCUGCCUUCUCAAGUCCGAGGGACGAUCCAGUCCGCACUGUUUGGGUAAAACGAAGGGGCGAAGCCAUCCCCACAUAGAUCCAGCGGCGGUUCAACGUCUCAGGGAUUUUUAUCGGCCUUUUAAUCAACGUUUCUAUCAGCUAACAGGAAUGAAUUUUGGAUGGCCGUAGCUAACUAUUCGCAGAGGUUGUGGAGAUCUUUGGCCUGAAUUAAACAUAGACAUAUCUUAGGAUUAUAGCGAGGAGGAACUCAGUCAAUUUUUAACACUAAUCUCGUAAUUAUAUUUAUAUAACAAGGCGACGCGUUAUUACUGUUAAAAAAUAUUCUAAUACCAAUCGCCGGAAUUCGUUUCCUCAAAAAAUAACUCACCUAUACUGGUUGUACCUAACAAUAAUGUUUACAUAUAUACUUAUGUAGACACAGUAUUAUAUACGUAACGAGAAAUCAGGUUCCGUUUGACGAUGUUAGAGUGAAAUUAAAUUUUUCUUCAAAUGCACGCGUAUGAAGAAAUUCUUCGAUAGUCGGUUCAAUUGUAUAGUUAUUAGAUGCAGCGCGACGGUGAAUUCGAACGCGGUUAAUAUGCGCUGUUUUUUUUUCCCUUCUAAAAUAAGAAUUAUCGAAAAAUACGGUUGUAAUAUAUAUAUAUACUGUGUUUAGAAAGUGCACGUCGUUAUACACUGAAAUAUAUAAUAAGCACGUUGCUUUGCUCAACUAAUAUUUAAUAAACUAUACACAUACCUAUAUAGUUCAAUGCCUAUUGUUAAUUAUUGUAAGAAGCACGCUCGCGACUAUCUUCAUAAUAUAUGAAUAAUGUGUACAUGUAAACGUACACACGUGUAUUUAUACGCCAGUAGCCCUUCAAUAACAAUUAAUACGUGCAUAGAUAUAUAAUAUUUGAUUAUAAAAAAAUGUUAUUGACGUCUCAAAGCUGACGACAAAGAUCCACGGCAGGAUUAACGGAUGAAGU